AUGACAAGUAAUACAGAGAGUUACUCCCGAGAAGAACUUGUUAAUGAUCAUGUUUUAACGAGAUUACCUGUUAAAUCAUUGUUGCGAUACAAACGUGUGUGUAAAAGUUGGCGCGAUCUCAUCAUAAGCUCGAGUUUCAUCAAAAAACACCUCGAUAACGAGAGCACUGGUACUCGUAAAAUAGUAGCCAAGUUUGGUGUUGACUACGACACCGAACCUUCGCCUACAAGGCAAUUUCAUUUUUACUUACUCCCUGAUAAAAUAUUUGCUGGAACUGUCCCUACUCAUCAGAGGACUUUUUAUAUCGAUGGUGUAAGUGAUUUCAGAGAUAUUCAUGGUCCAAUGAAUGGAAUUUUCCUAUUAGAGAAGGGACACUUCAUGGAUAAUAUUCGGUUUGCUUGGUGGAAUCCUGCAACGAAACAGAUUAGGCUUAUUCCUAAGUUCGAAUUUGAGCUCAAAGAAACGUUCAAUGAUUGUUGUCGUGUGCUUGGAAUGGGUUACGACAAAACAAACAACUCAGGACUAGGACAUUUUGGGAUGAAUGGACGACCGAUCUUCAUCCCAAGAUUUUCGCUGCUCUGUAUUCGACGAAACAUGACUCGUGGAAGUACUUGGAACCUAAUUACUCACACGAAUGUGAAAUAUCAGUGA